AUGUCGAACGUCCUUCUUUUCGGUGAUCAGACCGCUGAACAAUACCCUCUGCUCCGCAAAGUGGUCUUGAGAACCAAGAAUGCUCUUGUCCUCAACUUCCUCGAACGCACCGUUGUUGCUCUGCGUGGAGAAAUCGCCCAACUCUCCCGCCCUCAGCGCGAUGCCAUCCCGGAUUUCAUGACCCUCAACAACUUGGUAGAUCUGUACUAUGAGAAGGGGUUGAAGUUGCCUCACCUCGAGAGUGUCAUGGUAUCCAUUGCUCAACUUGGCCACUACAUCGGUUACUUCUCCGAGAACACCAACGAACUCCCCCCUGCAGCCAACACACGUAUUCUCGCUCUCUGCACCGGUUCUCUCGCCGCUGCUGCAGUUGCUUCCGCCAGAACUCUCGACGAACUUGUCACUCUCGGUGUCGAGACUGUUCGCGUCGCCUUCCGUACUGGUGUUCGCGUCAACAGCGCUCGAACUGCAUUGGGUCAGGAUCUCAUGUCAAAGGAGAGCUGGUCUACCAUCGUUACUGGCAUCAACGAGCAGACCGCCAAGGAUGCUCUCCACGCCUUUCACGAGUCUGCCGGUAUUCCAAUCACCAGUCAUGCCUACAUCAGUGCCGUCAGCACUAUGGCCAUCACCAUCAGCGGUCCUCCUACCACAACCAAGCGUUUCUUCGAGGAGUCUGAGGCUGUUCGCAAGAACAACCGCGUCAAGAUUCCUGUCUACGCCCCUUACCAUGCCGAACAUCUGUACAGCAAUGCUGAUAUCGAGGCCAUCAUUGGUGAGGAGUCUGCAAAGUUCCUUCAGGCUUACCAGCCUCGAUCUUUGAUUCACUCCGGCUCGACUGGUAUGUGCCACAUCGCGGAGAACACCUACGAGCUCUUCAAGUUGUCCUUGAACGAUAUGCUCAGAGCCCCAGUCAGCUGGAACAGCCUUCUCGAGGAGAGUGUUUCCCAGAUCACUGCUAGCACCAAUGCCCCUGCCAAGGUCUUCUGUAUUGGUGUUAGUAAUGUCUCCAACAGCCUUGUCUCUGCCAUCAAGGCUGGUGGUCAGUCUUUGGUCUCUCUCGUAGACCAUUCUUCUUGGGAGUCCGCCGUCACUGACGCUACCCACGGCCGCACUCAGAACGACAAGAUUGCCAUCGUUGGUAUGUCGGGUCGUUUCCCUAGUGCUGCCAGCACUGAGGCUCUUUGGGAGCUUCUCGAGAAGGGUCUUGAUGUUCACCGCAAGGUCCCGGCCGAUCGUUUCGAUGCCGAUGCUCACUGCGACCCUUCCGGAAAGGGCAAGAACAAAUCGCACACUCCUUUCGGUUGCUUCAUCGACGAGCCUGGUCUUUUCGACCCCCGCUUCUUCAACAUGUCUCCUCGCGAGGCUGCACAGACUGAUCCCAUGGGCCGUUUGGCUCUUGUCACUGCGUACGAGGCUCUUGAGCAAUCUGGUUACGUUCCCAACCGCACUCCCUCCACCAAACUCCACCGCAUUGGUACCUUCUAUGGUCAGACUUCUGAUGAUUGGCGCGAGAUCAAUGCUUCCGAGAACGUUGACACUUACUUCAUCACUGGUGGUGUGCGUGCCUUCGCUCCUGGUCGCAUCAACUACUACUUCAAGUUCAGUGGUCCUUCGUACUCGAUCGACACUGCUUGCUCGUCGUCUCUGGCUGCCAUCCAGCUUGCUUGCACUUCUCUGUGGGCUGGCGACUGUGACACUGCCUGUGCCGGUGGUCUUAACGUCCUCACCAACCCCGACAUUUUCUCUGGUCUCUCCAAGGGUCAAUUCUUGUCCAAGACUGGUUCUUGCAAGACCUACGACAAUGCUGCCGAUGGCUACUGUCGUGGUGACGGUGUUGGAACGGUUGUUCUCAAGAGAUACGAGGACGCUCUCGCCGACAAAGACAACAUUCUUGGAUGCAUUCUUGGCGCUGCUACCAACCACUCUGCUGAGGCAGUCUCCAUCACUCACCCUCACGCAGGUGCUCAGGAAUUCCUCUACAAGAAGGUUCUUGCAAACGCCGGAGUCGAUGCACACGAGAUCAGCUACGUCGAAAUGCACGGUACUGGUACUCAGGCUGGUGAUGGUAUUGAGAUGACCUCGGUCACGAAUGUUUUCGCUCCUCGUCACCGUCAACGUAAGCCUGAGCAGAAGCUGUACCUGGGUGCCAUCAAGGCCAACAUUGGUCACGGUGAGGCUGCUUCCGGUAUCAACUCCCUCUGCAAGGUCUUGAUGAUGAUGAAGAAGAACGCCAUUCCUGCCAACGUUGGCAUCAAGGGUGAAAUCAACAAGACUUUCCCUAAAGAUCUGAAGGAUCGUAAUGUCAACAUCCCUCAAACACAUACCGCCUUCCCUCGUCAUGGAGCCGAGAAGCGUAAGAUUUUCCUCAACAAUUUCUCUGCUGCCGGUGGUAACACCGCUAUUCUGCUUGAGGACGGACCUAUUCGCGAGGCGCCCAAGGCUGUUGACCCCAGAGGUACACUUCCUGUCACCGUCACUGCCCGCUCUAUCGCUGCUCUGAAGAGCAACAUUUUGCGCCUUCAAGGCUACCUGGCCGAGAACCCUGAGACUAGUCUGCCCGACCUGUCCUAUACCUCGACUGCUCGUCGUAUUCAGCACAACUACCGCAUCGCUUUCCCCAUCAGUGAUAUUGCUAAGGUCAGCGACACCCUUCAGGCUCAGCUCAAGGAUACUUACAACCCCGUCCCUAUGGUUCCUACUAAGACCGCGUUCUGCUUCACUGGUCAGGGAUCGCAGUACACUGCUCUCGGUCAGAAGCUCUACCAGGACCUGAAGCCUUUCCGCGAUGAUAUCGACCAGCUCGAUAACAUGGCUGUUAUCCAAGGUCUGCCUUCUUUCAUCGAGCUGCUUGACGGCACUGAUGUUGCUACUCUCUCUCCUGUCAAGGUUCAGCUGGGUAUGGCUUGUAUCCAGGUCGCCCUUGCCCGUAUGUGGGCUUCUUGGGGUAUCACCCCCACCGCUGUCAUCGGUCACAGCUUGGGCGAGUAUGCCGCUCUUCACGUCGCUGGUGUCAUUUCCGCCAGCGACAUGAUCAUGCUCGUUGGUCGCCGAGCAGAGCUCCUUGUCAAGGACUGCACCCCUCACACUCACGGCAUGCUUGCUGUCAAGGGUGGUGCUGAGGCCAUUCGUAGUGUCCUCGGACCUAAGAUGACCGAGAUUGCAUGCAUCAAUGGACCUGAGGAGACAGUCCUUUGCGGCAGUGGUGAGGUUGUUGGCGCCGCUAAUGAUGCGCUCUCUGCUCGUGGCUUCAAGGCUACCAAGCUCAACGUCCCCUUCGCCUUCCACUCCGCCCAGGUUGACCCUAUUCUCGAGUCCUUCAAGAAGGUCGCUUCCUCUGCUACCUUCAACAAGCCUUUGGUGCCAGUCCUUUCUCCCCUCUCGGGUGACUUGAUCCGUGAUGCGGGUAUUAUCGGUCCCGAUUACCUUGCUAGACAUGCCAGAGAGACUGUCAACUUCUGGACUGCUCUUGCUAGUGGUCAGAAGGAGAAGGUCUUUGACGAGAAGACCGCUUGGCUCGAGGUCGGUGCUCACCCCGUAUGCUCAGGCAUGGUCAAGGCUUCAGUCGGUGCUACCACCACUGCUCCUUCACUUCGUCGCAACGAGGAUCCCUGGAAGACCAUCGCCACCAGCGUCUGCGCUCUCUUCAACGCUGGCGUCCAGAUCAACUUUGACGAAUACCACCGCGAGUUCAACGAUGCUCAAGAGCUUCUUCCUCUACCUACCUACUCUUUCGACAACAAGAAGUAUUGGCUCGAUUACCAUAACAACUGGACCCUGACCAAGGGUGAGGUUCGCGAGGCUCAGAAGACUAUCGAUGCCGCCCCACAGGCUGUCCCAGUCGUCGAGAAGCCUGCCAAGCGUCUCUCGACCUCCUGCCAGAAGGUCGUGCACGAGGAGUUCGAGGCCAACUCCGGUGUUGUCGUCAUUCAGUCAAAUGUCGCAGAACCCAAGCUCUUCCAAGCAGUCAUUGGCCAUCAGGUUAACGACACUGCUCUCUGCCCCUCGUCUUUAUACGCUGAUAUGGCAUUGACCGUCUGUGACUACCUCUACAAGCAACUCAGACCUUCUGCACCUAAGAUAGGUAUGAACGUCUGCGAGAUGGAAGUGCCUAAGCCGUUCAUUGCGAAGAUGGAGCAACCUGCCGAGGGCCAGCACAUUCAGCUCGAGGCCAAGGCAGAUCUUGAUGAGGGUGUUGCUCGUCUGAAGUUCAGCAGCGUCACCCCCGAGGGUAAGCUCAUCCAGGAGCAUGCGCACUGUCUCGUCAAGUUUGAGGACAUCAGCUCGUGGACCGACGAGUGGGACCGCAUCAACUUCAUGGUCAAGUCCCAGGUCGAUGUACUCAAGGCCAAGACCAAGACUCAGGAGGCACACGUCAUGCAGCGUGGUAUGGCUUACAAGCUCUUCAAGUGCUUCGUCAACUACAACGAGAAAUACCGCGGCAUGGAGGAAGUCAUUGUCAACAGCCAGACCACAGAGGCUACUGCCUCUAUCAAGUUCCAAAAUGGUCCUGCAGAUGGUGAUUGGUACCAAGCACCUUACCAGAUCGACAGCAUGUGCCAUAUCUCUGGAUUCAUCGUCAAUGCCACCGACUUGAUUGACUCCGACAACAACGUCUGUAUUUCCCAUGGCUGGGGUUCAAUGAGAAUCGCCAAACAGAUGACUCCCGAGGGCAACUACCGCUCUUACGUUCGCAUGCUUCCCAAGCCUGGCAACGUCUACCAAGGUGAUGUUUACAUCAUGGAGGGAGACGAGAUUGUUGCUGUCUGUGGUGGUCUGAAAUUCCAACAGAUCCCUCGUCGCGUCCUGAACGUUUUCUUGCCUCCUCAGAAGGUCGGUACGCCCACUAAGACCGCUGCUCCUGCUGCUGCUGCUCCCAAGGCAAUUACCGCUCCUAAGACUGUCGCACCUAAGGCACAAGCUCCCAAGCCUGUCGUCAAGGCUGCUAAGGCUCCGAAGAAGGCCGUUACCAAGAAGCCUCAGGGCUCUACCAUCACGUCCCGUGUCAUGCAGAUCAUCGCUACCGAGACCGAUGUUGAGCAGUCUGAACUCGUUGAAGAGGCCGCCUUUGAGAACCUGGGAGUUGAUUCUCUCAUGUCUUUGACUAUCUCUGCCAAGUUUAGAGAGGACCUUGACAUGGAGAUCAGCCCUACACUUUUCACUGACUAUCCCACUGUUGGCGAGAUGAAGAAGUACUUCUCUCAAUUCGAUGGCAAUGUCGGUCCUGUCGAAGAUGACUCUGAGGACGAUUCUGAGCCUUCUGACAUCGCUACCCCGUAUGAGGACGACCUCAGUACUCCUGCCAGCUCUGCCCCCAGCACUGCUGCCAGUGACGCUGGGAAGCCUGACAUUGACUCACCCAUCCGCGAAAUUCCUGACUCUGAGGUUGGCGAAGUCAGCCUGGCCCGCCAUAUCAUUGUCCAGGAGAUGGGCAUCGACAGCUCUGAACUCACUGACGAGGCAGAUCUUUCUGAGCUCGGCAUGGACUCUUUGAUGAGCUUGACCAUUCUCAGUGAACUUCGCGAGAAGACUGGCGUCGAUCUUCCCUCCACUUUCCUCAUGACCAACUCCACCAUUUUGGACAUUGAAAACGCGCUCGGUAUGCGCCCGCAGCCCAAAGCUAAGGCUGCCUCUGUACCUAAGAGCACAAAGCAGACCUCGCCUCAACUUGAUAAAGUCAACGCCAGGCUUACUGAUCUCUCCAAGUUCCCUGCCGCAACAUCAGUCCUCCUCCAAGGCAAUGCUAAGAUUGCUACCAAGAAGAUCUUCUUCUUGCCCGAUGGCUCUGGCUCUGCUACAUCUUAUGUCAGCAUCCCCAACAUUGGCCCAGAUGUCGCCGCUUUCGGACUCAACUGCCCAUUCAUGAAGAACCCUACCGAUUGGACUUGCGGCAUUGAGACUGUAUCGCUCAUCUAUCUCGCUGAGAUUAAGAGACGUCAGCCUCAGGGACCAUACAUCAUCGGCGGAUGGUCCGCUGGAGGUGUCAUCGCUUACGCCGUUGCUCAGGCUCUGCUUGCCAAUGGCGAAGAGGUCGACCGUUUACUACUCCUUGACUCUCCCUGCCCUGUCAAUCUUGCACCCCUGCCUCAGCGUCUCCACGUCUUCUUCAACGAGAUCGGUCUCCUUGGUACAGGUGAUGCAUCCAAAACUCCCAAGUGGCUGCUUCCUCACUUCACUGCCGCCAUCCGUUCGCUAUCUGACUACGAGCCUCAGCCUUCGAUAAAGCCUAUCAAGACUUACGCUAUCUGGUGCCGUGAUGGUGUUGCUGGUAACGCUGGUGACCCGCGUCCUCCCCCAGCUGAGGAGGAGGACCCUGCACCCAUGAAGUGGUUGUUGAACCACCGCACUGACUUCACCGACAAUGGUUGGGCUCAGCUGUGUGGAAGCAACAUGAAGUACGGUGUCAUGGGCGGCAACCAUUUCACCAUGAUGAAGGAGCCUCACGCACAGGAACUUGGCAAGCUUAUUCAAGACGGUCUCAAGAUCUGAACCAAACACAAACUACAAAAAGAAGCAGUGAGAGGGUGCUCAGGCUUGGAUGCUGAGAGGCGAUGGUCACCUUGGGCUGAGGUUGACUGCGACUCCGACACCCUAUCCUGUGACGAAGAGGAUGUAAUAUCUAGGUGACUAACAUUGUUUUUGCUUGGGCUGAGUGAAAGUCUUGUGGCUGUCUAGUCUUUCUUGUUCUCUUCUCUCACUCUCUCGCCGCCUGUGGCUUCGUUUCCUGUCUUCAAUUCUUAUGUUUCUCUGCGACCUGCUUGCGACGAUACAGGUGUCGGCUCGCUAGACGGAUAAACCUGUUUUUUUCUCUUUCUGUUCUCCUGGAGAGGUUCACGAUCACACUACACAGUGCGAGAGGUCAAUCCCGGUUUUCUUAUCUUUGUCAAUACAUAGUGUUUCCAAUUCGAUUGUUCUUUACUAC